AUGUUCAUGUGUUUCAGCAAUACAGUGCAGACUUUGAUCUUAGGUGGGUUCAAGAAUUUCAUUGUCACAAGGAAAAGUGUUUGGAUGACCAGAUACCGUGUGAAUGUUACAGCGUUCUCUCUAAAGUGGCUUUGUAUGCUGUAUGAGGACCUGCUGUGAUGUUAGUGUCCAGCCUUACGCACUGCCUUUCAGUCCUGAUUUUCCAGCUGUGGAGGGUACAAACAUUCUCCCCAAUCUCUGCCUGUCCAGACUCCUGUGUAUGUGAAGACACUUUUCUCGUCAACUGUGCCUCACAGGGCCUACCCACGGCCCCUUCACGUAUCCCAGCAACAGCCACUGCCCUGGAUCUAUCCCAUAAUGCCUUACAUUCUCUGUCUCCUCUUGGGUCAGGCCACAUGCAUUUGCAAGGGCUUCAGCAUUUGCGGGUAGGAAAUAAUUCACUGGAGAGUCUAUCCAUGUGUUCAGGGAUUCAAGGUAUAGCAGGCACUAGGACGCUGACUAGAAGAAAACAGAGAUGCUUGUCCUGGGCACCUGAUCUACAGUCGCUUUCUGCUGACAGAAACCAGCUAAAAUGUCUGCCAAGAGGACUGGGCAAUAUUAAAUCCCUAAAAGUGCUCCAGCUUUCCCACAACAGAAUCUCUGAGAUAGGUCGUGCCGACUUGGCUGGUUGUACUCACUUGAAUGAGCUUCAUCUUCAGCAUAACCUCAUCAACACCAUUCACCCAGAAGCCUUUAAAGACCUACAGGAACUAAAAGUCCUUGACGUGAGCUAUAACCUGCUGGCCACCAUACCCGUACCAGCCUACCUGUCUCUACGGAACCUGAACGUGUUGGUAGACAUUUUCGGAAAUAGGUGGAGGUGUGACUGUAACUUAAAGACAAUAAGAAGGUGGCUCAGCUUUGACAGCGAACUGGGAAAGCCGGCAUGGGAAGUGGUGUGUUUCUCUCCCUCUCAUCAUGCCGGAAAGAGCCUGCUGUACGUGGAGGAAUCAGAUCUUGCCUGUCUACAACCUGUUUACAGCACACCUGGUCUCAAUAAAGAGGUGACUGUGGAAGAGGGGAUGGAAUUUAUUCUUUCCUGUAGCGCUGCCAACCAAGAUUUCAUGCACACAUCUUGGUGGACACCCCAGGGUCAAAUCUCUGACGGCCAAAGUUUCCUUCAUAUCAGUAAUGCCAAAGAGCGUGAUGCAGGACUUUAUGUCUGCGUCUCAGGAUACCAGGAAGAGCAUGUGUCAGUUUUCAGUCUACAUGUUCGUAAAAGAGCCCAUGACAAAAGACUGCGUCGAGAAGCACAAAUUGGUUCAGUUGAGCUUAAUUCAGAGGAUAAAGACAAUAUUCAGAGGAACGCGCCAUCCAUAAGAGCUGUGCAACAAUCUCAUUUUGCAUUAGCUGUCUCUCUUUCUGUUAUCAUUACAUUCAUUGUGGCCUUUGUUCUUGGUGUCGUAUUAAGACCAUUUCUGGACAAAUGCUACAAACAAAUCCAAAAUAAGAGGAGUUCUACUCAAUCACCGCAGAACUCACAGACUUCCUCGACUUCACAGCGGCCAUAUGUGAAUGAAGGCUAUUCAGAUACAGAUGACCAAGAACAAGAAUUACACGAAGGUCCACGAGUGACAUUUGGAGGGGUUACGGAAAUACAUGACAAAGGAGGUGUUCCGUAUUAUGUCACCGCUGAAGGCGGUCGAUCUGGGAGCAAUACAGACGUUGCGGUGUUACAUAAGAAUACUGACAGAGUAUUGGUAGAGGAUAUUGAGUUGCAUAAAGAUGUGCCACUAAGAGAGGAAAACACAGAAAUGACAAGCCCAAUAUCUACUGAGAGCCUCAAUGCAGAAAGUAGCAAAGGAAUAGAGUUUGAAUAUAUCCCAGACCCAGAAGACACAAUAGAAUUAGAGGAUAAGAGUAUUUCAUCUGCAUCCUCUCUCUCAGGUGAACAGCAAGAAUCACAGAUGCCUUAUGAGGCAAAAGAGUCAAUUGAGCAAAGUGUCGAUUCCCCUACAGUCAGUAAAUAUGAAGAUGAUGAUGAACAAGCCAGCACUGGCCAGCGGACAACGAUACCGGGUUUUGUUUCUGACCCAUUUCCAUUGAACAUGUCUGAAUCAAAAGAAGAAAGUGUGGAUGAACUGGACCCAGAUUUAUGGAAUGACAGUGGAGAGAGUUUUUCAUUUACUGAAGGCUCACCAAGAUCAAGUAGUCGUGUUUCACAUGUUGAUGCUUUCGGUCAUCCAAAUAUUCAAAAAGAAAUGUCUGUAGAUGAACCGCGUGAUAGAUCAAGCUCCUGGAACUCAAGUAAAAGUGAAGAAAGUGAAGGAAAGGACACAGAAUACACAGCCGAUCCAGAGGACGAUGAAGACUUAGAAACACAAAUUUCCUACUCAGAAAAUGAUGACGUGAACUACGAUGAAAACAAACUUUCCGUUUUGGAAGAAGAUAUCCAUAAUGAAAACAAGAAACCAGGCACAGGAGCUCAAUUAAGACAAGACACUAUUACCCUGGACCCAACAGACAUAUACCUGACUUAUACUCGAGGGGACAGUUUUGAUGAUGAGCAGUUUACUGACUACAAAAAACGCCAUCCAUCCUCAAACAGUGAUUACGAAGAUGAACCUACACAAUACCAUGUGCAUCCUGUUUACAGGUCCAGUCAUCAGACCACCACCCCAAUGGAAGAUGGAUCAGGUACCAGUAGGUGUAUUGAAGAAAAUGAAGACGAACAAGGAGAAUACCCCAGGAAUCUUCAGAUAAGAUUAGGAGAUAAGGUUCCUACCAUACCUGCCAUACCAGUCAUAAGCCGGGACAGUCUAUCAGACGAGUCCCAUGUGAGUUCAUAUUUUGAUGACAGUAUCUUUGGAAAGAUUGAUCAAGCCUUGGAUCCAAUACCGGAAGUAAAGAGAUAUCUUCAUUUCUCACAAAGUCAGUCAUUUCCUUCAAUUCAAACUCCGCCUUGUUCCACUGAAGAAGAAGAAGAAAUCAUCCCUACUGAAGUUGAAAAAACUGAAUCAAAGAAAUUCUAUUCUGAGGAUAAUUUCUUUGCUCAGAGUGAUGCAUCCUUGGAUGACCUACCCAAAGUAAAACAUUAUGUUCAGUUUUCACCAUCUGAACCACAAAUCUCAUCUGAUUCAGCAGUCGAUCAAGUGGCUACGCCUGUUUUAGUGUCAAAAACAGAAUCUCCAUCUGACACAAUCAGUAUUUCCUAUGAAGGACAAAGUGUAUCACUAGAGGCAAUGCCAAAGACACAGAGAUAUGUCCAGUUCAGACAAUCUGAGCCUCAAACUGUGCCUGAGCCCAACAUUCCAGCCAUUAAGGAAGGAAGUUAUGAUUCUGCACCUACAGCAUCUCUUAAGCAAGUGGCUACGCCUGUUUUAGGGUCAAAAAGAGAAUCUCCAUCUGACACAAUCAGUAUUUCCUAUGAAGGACAAAGUGUAUCACUAGAGGCAAUGCCAAAGGUACAGAGAUAUGUCCAGUUCAGACAAUCUGAGCCUCAAACUGUACAUGAGCCCAACAUUACAAACAUUAAGGAAGGAAGUUAUGAUUCAACACCUACAGCAUCAGUCAGCCAAGUGGCUACGCCUGUUUUAGUGUCAAAAACAAAAUCUCCAUCUGACACAAUCAGUAUUUCCUAUGAAGGACAAAGUGUAUCAUUAGAGACAAUGCCAAAGACACAGAGAUAUGUCCAGUUCAUUAAAUCUGAGCCCCAAACUGUGCCUGAGCCCAACAUUCCAGCCAUUAAGGAAGGAAGUUAUGAUUCUGCACCUACAGCAUCUCUUAAGCAAGUGGCUACGUCUGUUUUAGGGUCAAAAAGAGAAUCUCCAUCUGACACAAUCAGUAUUUCUUAUGAAGGACAAAGUGUAUCACUAGAGACAAUGCCAAAGACACAGAGAUAUGUCCAGUUCAGACAAUCUGAGCCCCAAACUGUGAAUGAGCCCAACAUUACAAACAUUCACAGAGGCGGUUUCUUUGGGCAAAUACCUAUAUCAUUUGAUGAAGUACCAAAAGUAAAGAGACGCAUUCUGUUCUCACAAUUGGAAUCUCAUCACCAACCUUCCUCAGAAUACCGUCCCUCAAAGAAAAGAUAUCCGCUAAGUGAAGAACAAAACACACAUGAAAUAAAAACAACCUUGGUCACUACUAAACCUCACGGUCCUGGAGAUUUCUUCGUGCGAAUCGGUGCAUUUCUGGAUGGAAUGCCAAAAGUAAAGAGGUACAUGCAGUUCACACAAUCUGAAGUAUUUAAAACUUACAACUUACCAUACUUUCCCUUAAAUGUGGCAGUACCAACCCUACCAGCAGGCACAGAAGUGAAGAAAAAUAAUUCACCAUUUGAAGAUGGUGAUCCAGUUGUUGAUGAGGACAGUUUCUUUGGACAAAUAGGUGUGUUCUUCGAUGGAAUACCAAAAGUAAGGAGAAGAAUUCAAUUCACAGAACGUUUAUCUCAGCCUCCUGAAUCACAGUCUCCAUCCAAUUACAUCCAACCAGCUGCUGCUGAACACAGUUUCUUUGUACCCAUUGGUGCAUCUUCGGAGAUCCCAAACGUGAGAAGAUACAUUCAGUUCUCACAGAGUUCUUCUCAGCCUUCAUCGCAAUAUUCAGACAGACAAACAGCUAGACCGGUUUUGACAAAACCAGAAUUAAUAUCAUCCAGUUCUUCACUUGAUGACAGCAAAACAAACACGGAAGACACUUUCUUUAAAAAAAUGGAGGUUAGUGAACUGCCCAAGCUGAACAGAUAUAUUCAGUUCACAAAACAACGUUCAAAGUCGUCAAGGUCUUCAAACGCCUUCGGAGUCACAGAUCAUGUGGUGAAGAAAACAGACUUACGGGGAUUGGAGUUAUCUAGGGUUGAUGUCAAACCUUUUUUAACAGAAGAUAAUUUCUUUGCUCAUAUAGGAACGAAUCUUAAUUCACCACCAAGAGUGAAUAGGUACAUUCAGUUUACACGAUCUGAACCUUAUUCCUCACAACAGUCAACUGAGAAAAUGACAGAGAAAGAAAGGAAGACGUCAAGUUCCUCGGUCGAUGACGACGACGCUUUGUUCGAUGGAAUAUUUGAAUCUCUGAAUAAAAUACCGAAAGUAAAGAAAAGUCUUCUGUUUACACAAUCUACGUAUCAGAAUUCAGAUCUGACAGAAGUAUCACAAAAAGUCACACCCCAGUUGGUGACAAAAACAGAAUCUGUUAGACCCGACCCGACUUCUUUACCCGACAAAGAAGUCCUUUCAAUAAAGCAAGACAACUUCUUAGGGCAACUAGGUGAUACAACCCUUUAUGAAGUGCCCAAGGUAAAGAAAUAUAUUACAUUUUCACAAUCCAAAGCUUAUCCUGCAACUCUGUCUUCUAAAAACAUCAAUGAUCAGUCUGAUAUACCAUUUUUCAAUACUGAAACAGUCACACCGGUGUCGGUAACAAAAACAGAGUGCAGUAGCAUCGAUUCUUCAUUUGACGAAAAACAAAGAACGGUCAUAAAGGAAGACACUGGAUUCUCUGGACAAACGGGUAUGCCUUUCGAUGAAGUGCCAAAAGUAAAACGAUACGUUCAGUUCGCACGGACUGAACCUCGACCUUCAGCUCAGUCUCUCUCAACAAAAUUACAGACUAGAGGAUCUGAGGAUAAAGUAAGUCCCGCCAUUAAGGGAGACGAUUUCUUCUGUCAAACAGGUUCAUCAUUCGAUGAGCUACCGAGGGUGAAAAGACACAUUCGGUUCGAACGAGCCGAACCUCGCUUACGACCUCCAAUGUUGCACUCUUUAUCCAACAGGACAGAAAAAUCAAUACAGACUAGCACAGAAUUAAAGAUGAAGGAUUUAGCAUCUGAAGAUUAUGUCGCACCGGCUGCCGGUGAACACGAUUUCUUUGGACCGAUCGGUACGUCUUAUGAGAUCCCGAAAUUGCAAAGAUACAUUCGGUUCUCACAGAAUUCUACUCAGCCUUCAUCGCAGCAUUUAAACAGACAAACAGGUAGACCGGUUUUAACAAAACCGGAAUUACGGACGUCACUCGAUGACAGCAAGUCUAACGACGAAGACACUUUCUUUAGGAAAAAGGAUGUUAGUGAACUGCCCAAGGUGAACAGAUAUGUUCAGUUCACACAACAACAUUCGACUCCACGAAAGUCUCUAAACACCCACGGAGUCACAGAUGAGAAAACAGGAUUAUGGGGAUCGGAUUUAUCCAGGGUUGAUAUCACACCUCCUGUAACCGAAGACAGUUUCCUUGGUCACCUAGGAACAAAUCUUAAUUCAUUACCAAGAGUGAAUAGAUUCAUUCAGUUCACACAAUCUGAACCUUUUCCCUCAUCUCAGUCACAGUCUUCAACUGAGAAAAUGGCCAAAAAUGCUCCUAUAUUUACACAACCCGAGUAUCACAACAAAACAGCAGCAAAUGACAAAUCCAGUAAUACUGCAGAUAGUGGAUUUGGCUCCUUAGAUUUAUCUUUUAUUCAACUACCAAAAGAAAAAAGGCAUGUUUAUAACGUGCAGUCAGAAGCAAAGAAAAAUGAUUAUUUUGGCCAAACAGAUGGAGUACCAAGGCUGAUUAGAUACCGUCAGUUCAGGCAGUCUGAAUCUCUUACCCAGACCUCGUCUCCUUCUAUCUCACCGCAAAAGUGGGAAACGAUGGAUGUGGAAUCAACAGACUCCAAAAUGUUUAAGACAAAUUUAACAUCUGGAACUGCUAGAGACCUUUCACAAAUUCAAGAUGCGCCAUCGGGAAUGAAAGUAAGCACAGAAACUGGUAGGUUACACCAACUUCCGGAGCCAAAGAGGUCAAUCCCAGAUGUUUAUGGGCAGCCAGAUCGUGUAUUUAUUGAAGAAGAAGAAGAGGUUUUCAGACAUACAAGUUCAAAUUCUUUAUCUGAUGACACAAAAUAUGUAAACACACACGGAUCAAGCGGAAGGACAGCGUUAUCAACAACAGAGUCUAGGACCAUAUUAGAAUCAAAGUUGUCCGGUUUGCAUGCCUCCUCCAAUGAAAGUGCUGGUUUGCCAACAAGAAAGUUAGUCAUAGACCCAGCACUUCAGGGUGUUUUCCAAUCCAUCCCAGAUGAACCCGGAGCUUCUCCAGGAAAAGACGAUGCGAGAGAGUAUCUGAGGGACAGCUCUCUGGCCCGUCAAAGACAGGAAAGGAGACGAUUGUUGUUUCAGCAGAAGAGAAGAGCAAUGGACGGGUUCAGUCUUUCUUCGGAGUCUUUCAACUCUCAGGAAAGCGAUUAAUAAGAAAGCUUGUGAGUUAACCGUGGAGGACGACCCCCGUUUCUACUGAACACAGAGUGUCUAAAGGGAGGAAAGACACUGCGAACUAUAAGGAAGUAUUGUACAUGUUGACAGGAAUAUAUCAUCCCUCAGAUCCUAGUCAUGUGUGUGCUCUGGGAUCGACGGGGUUCAAGCUGACCUAUGAGGGAUCCUUAUUAAUAUUUCCUAAAUUAUUUAACUAUGUAACAAGACUUAACUUUAUACAUUAAUGUGUGUUUAAAUAAAUCGCAACAGACUACCGAUUUUAGAAACAUCCCUAAAUCAGUCUAAGUUGAUAUUUAGCAACUUUCAUUUAAUCCUAGCGAUGCGCUAAAUAUUCAAACCUGCAUACCGAUUGCAAAGAACCCUCCCGAUUUUAUCAAUCAUUUGAACCAUUUAUCUUAUUUCCCCUUCUUGUUUCUUUUGAUUUUUGAAUAUUGUUCACAAAAAAAAAGCAUAUUAUAAAACAAAUAAGAAGGAAUGUUUGUAAAGAAUAAAUGUCUAUAGCACCGUGAUUCAAAAUGAAACUCUAAGCACACCUG